AUGGUCAUUGAUGAAGUCUCACCCUACAAUGGCAUUCUAGGCAGACCAUGGAUCAGCAAGAUCAAUGCCAUCACCUCCGCCACGCAUCAGAAGAUUCGCUACCCAAUUCCUUUGGGUGGGAUCGGCCAAAUCACAGCGAUCAGGCGAUGGCGAGGAAAUGCUCAGCUCAAGGGCUGA